CAUCCAUACACAACAGUGUGCUGUCUCCGUUCCAGGGAGAAUAUCAGCUCUGCACAGGGAGGAGAGGAUUAGCUCAACCGCUCGUCUCAUCUGCAUUUACAUUCACAGAGAAGCACACCAGCACCCAAGGCUGCAACUGGUUUAUAUAAAACCUGGCACUCCUAUCGCGGAGGUUUCAUUUGAUCUGCUGUCACAACUGUGACAAGAUUCAGGGACUACAUUUUUUGGGUUUUUUUUCCUACUUUUUUGAAUAUUUGCAAACUCUUUUGCAAUUCAUAAAUGUCCUUUUUUGUCAGUAUUGUCCCUAUUUUCUUAAGACGAUGCAACUUUUAUCAUUUGACCUAAACUUACUUUAAAUAUCAAGGAGUUUGCCUCUCUCUUAUGUUUUUGGGGCAUUUUUCUACUUGGUUUUCACCUGAUUUGGGAAACUGCAGCUCCAGGAUGCCAUCGAGAGAAUCCUACAACGUUCAAAAGAAAGAGAAGCCUUUAGUGGAAAAGGCCAAACAGGAGGCCAGUCAGGAGGACAUCCUGGCAACGGCUCUGGGAAUGAGGAUGGGGCCACAAAAAACUUCAGCCACUUUCUGGCAACCAAUUAAAAUAUUAGCUUGCUCACAGCUCUCCUCACUGGUUCGCAGAGCCACGCUGAAGGACAGCGACUGGACACCCAAGUCAGAGAAAGUCCACAACUUCAAGGUUCAUAACUUUCGGGGGCCGCACUGGUGUGAACACUGUGCCAGGUUUAUGUGGGGGCUGAUGGCUCAGGGAGUCAAAUGCACAGAUUGUGGUUUGAACUUUCACAAAGAGUGUUCGGCUCUGGCUGCAAACGACUGCAAACCCAACUUAAGAAACAUCCGUAAGGUGUACAGCUGUGACCUCACGACCCUGGUGAAAGCCUACAACACGGCUCGACCCAUGGUGGUGGACAUGUGCAUCAGAGAGAUCGAGUCCAGAGGACUAAAGUCAGAGGGCCUCUACAGAAUAUCUGGAUUUAGUGACUCAGUGGAAGAAGUCAAGACCGGGUUUGACAAAGAUGGUGAGAAGACAGACAUCUCAGUGAAAGCAUAUGAAGACAUCAACAUCAUCACGAGUGCGCUCAAACUGUACCUCCGGGAUCUGCCUGUUCCUGUCAUCUCAUAUGAUUCCUACCCAAGGUUCAUCGAGGCUGCAAAACUCACAGAUCCAGAGAAAAAGCUGGAAGCGUUCCGCGAGGCUCUCGCUCUGCUGCCACUUUCACACAGGGAAACUCUCAAGUACCUCAUGGCCCACUUGAGAAGGGUGACGCAAAAUGAAAAAUUCAACCUGAUGAGUGCAGAGAACCUUGGUAUUGUUUUUGGGCCCACGCUCAUGCGUGCCCCCAACCAGGAUGCCAUGGCUGCGCUGAAUGACGUUCGCUACCAGAGACAGGUGGUGGAGGUACUCAUCAAAAAUGAGGAGGUGCUCUUCUAGACUCCCCUCAGGACUUUUGUAGGACAGUCCUUAACCAUUUUUUGUGCAAAAAACUACUGUUUGUAUUACAUUGGUCAUUCCAUCUUUACUGCCUUGUGUAUGGACUAGACUAACAUCUGUCCUCCCCAGUUUUGGGGCUGAAUGAUGAACCUUUUACUUGCAAGUUCUUCACUUUUCCCCAUUUCUGUCGGGGGAUUUUUAGGAACUAACUUAAGGACCAGCAUGCAUGGUGCGAGGUCUUCUUCUUUGUAGUUGUUUCCCAGCAUGUGUAAUUUCUUUGUUUGCUUUGGUCUGAUCUGAUGUUAUUAUCGUCCACAUUCCUUUCUAGUGGGUCUUUCUCAGCUGGACUUAAAAAUAUGUUACUACUUUUCCUGGGGUCAAUUUUAUGAUGCUGUCUUUUUUAUCUUAAAUAUUUGUAAGUGAAAUCUAUUUUUUAGUUAAAUGAGCCUUCCUUCUUCCUGUGUAAAUACUGGUGUAUUCUUUCUGACGUAACAUUUCUAUUGUAUUAGAAAUCCUUUUUGUGGAAUUAAUUUUUUACUGUAAUGUUUUUGUACCCAUUUGUGCACGAUCACUUUAAUUUAUUAAAUCUUACUUGGAAAAAAAGGGG